CCAAAAGUAUUUUGUCAGAACCAGGAUGUUAUUUUACUUAACAUAGAGACAAGAAAGAGUAAUGUCAACAAUGACAAGACACAACUAAACUAGAGUACAAUAAAAGGAAUACCCCUCGCCCCCAGCAAGAACAUUAUUUAUUUAUUAUUUAGCUAACUAACUAACCCUUGGAAACUCUAUAUAAGGCUUCGUAAGCAGUGGUUAUCAUCCCAUCAAGCGACACUGCCUGCUGCAAGAAACUACACGCACACGUACCAAAAUUCACUAGAGAAUGGCAGACACUGCCUGCUGCAAGAAACUAGUGGAGGACAUCGGGGGUUGGAUCAAGGUCUACGACGACGGCACCGUCGAGCGGUCUCCACCUCCCCCGGAGGCAAGCCAACUAGCAACCAUCAUUGCGCCGUACGAUGUGCCGCGCAACGGUGUAACGGUGCACGACAUCCGGGCCAACCCGCCUCUCCGUCUCUACCUCCCGGAGGCGGCUCCUUUGGCUGGUCGCCGUCUUCCGGUCCUCCUCCACUUCCACGCCGGCGUGUUCUGUCUGACCGACCCUACCUGGUCGCUGUACCAUUGCUUCUACGCCCGUCUCGCCGCCUCCAUCCCCAUCGCCGGUAUCGUGUCCAUAACCCUCCCCCUUGCUCCGGAGCACCCGCUCCCAGCGGCCCUAGCCGCCGGCUUUGCCGCCAUUGACUGGCUGAGGUCGCUCGCUCAGCCCGGGCUGCUAGCUGAACCGGUCCUAGAGCCGACGUCCGACCCGGUGGGCAAGCUCAAGGCGGUGGCCGACUUUUCACGCGUGUUCCUGAUAGGUGAUAGCAAUGGAGCCAACCUGGUGCACCAUGUUGCCGCCGGGUUCAACUCGGCGGAGCCGGGCUACUGGGGCUCGGUCCGGCUCGCCGGAGCCAUUCUGCUAAACCCGGGUUUCUCCCGGUCCACUCCAAGCCGGUCCGAGUCGGCCGACGUGCAACUGGACCCGUACGUGGACUACAAGCUGGCGGACAGGCUCCUGGCGCUGGCACUCCCCAAAGGCGCCACCCGAGACCACCCCUACAUUUGGCCCGUCCGGGACGACGCGGCGGCGGCAGUUCUGGCCAUGCCGCCGCUUCUGGUGAGUGUCGCGACCUUGGACACGAUGCGUGACCGGCAGGUUGAGUAUUGCAACGUCAUGCGACGCGCUGGGAAGGAUGUGGAGGUGGCGCUGAGCCCCGGUGUGGGCCACAUGUUCUACCUAAACCAGGGCGCCCCCGAGCCGGCCGACGAGGAGACGGCGGCCCACAUCGCGGAGCUCAUCGAGGCCAUCAGAGGCUUUGUCGGCAGGCGUCACGGCUGUGUCGCUCGGAUGUAGACGUGUGGUGUCCAUCGGUUUGCGCUGGUUUUCUGAAUCAUAUGCAUCUUGUGUGGGUCUCUCCUGGAAAUGGGUUUUGUGAAUUGUGAGUGGUUUUUUACAAUUUAGCUUGAAUGUAAUGUAAUGAUUCUUUUUUUCUUUUCAAAAUAUUUACUUUCCAAAGCUUCAAUUAAGGGUUUUUAACAUAGUACAGACGGAAGCGCUCAUAUACACGUGCAUACACUUACCCCUAUGAACACACACAUGCGUACACUACCUCUAUGAGCACCUUCGAGAGACUGAGCCGACAUAUCAUUUUGAGAUUUUAUGAAGUCACCAUAAGCGCCUCGUAGUCGACGGAACAUCUCCUUCCACUGAACGUGCGUCGCCGACUUGAACCCUGGUGAGUUGGGGAUACCACUGUCCACCUAACCAUCCAACCACAGGUUGGUUCACCUCUUCAGUUAAAUUUUUAACCGGAAUAAAAUGAUUGUUGGGCUAUGUCGUGUCAUGGGCACCUAUUUCUCUCUUAUUAUGUAUUGUUGUUGUUGUUGUUGUUGUUGUUGUUGUUGUUGUUGUUGUUGUUGUUGUUGUUGUUUUUGUUUUGUUGUUUGUGUGUUUUUUGGCCUGUUCUAGAUUUGCUAUUCCUUAUAAACUGGAUUAAUCUUUUUCUAAUGAAAUAUAUAGAUGGGGGGCCUUUCCAUCCCGAUGGCAAUUCAAAAAAGAAAAGAAAAAAGAUUGUAACCUAAAUGGCAUAGAUAAAGGGGAGUGAGUGAGGCAGGUUAUAGUGGGAAGUAUCAUAAACUAGUACUUCCUCCAUUUUUGUAUACAAGGCAACUUCGUUUUCGUGUCAACAAAACAAGGAUUAUAUGUCACAAAACAUAAACUAUUACCGAAAAGUUCUUUGAGAUGUGCAUCCAAUGGUGGAUGGUUUAAAUUUUACUAAUGAUGUGCAAUAGAAUUUUGUGACUUGGCAGCCUCUUGCUACGGAGUUCAUUAAGAUUAAUGUUGACGCAAGUUAUGUGGAGGCCAUGAGUGUUACGAGUGUGGAUGUGGUGGCCAGGAACCAUAUUGGAGAAGUUAUCAUUUCGUCAUGGGAUUAUAUUGGAGUGUGCAAUAGUGUGGAUGAAAGGAAACUUGAAGCGACCUUUGCGGGGCCAUACAUUGGUAUUAUUCUCCACAAAUCCAUCAUUUUAGAAAUCGAUUGUUCUUUUGUGGCAUCUUUUCUUGAAAAUGAUCUUCUAGACAGGUCUCCUCUAGUUGAUCUAAAGAUGGAAGCAUUGAGUAUUUUCAGGAUGAUGAUAAAUUGCAAGAUAUCCAAGAUUAACAGUAGGGCCAAUAGGGUGGCACACGAGAUUGUGAAGUUCAGUUCUGAUAAUAGAUCUCAUGACGUGCUUCUUAAUAGUGUUCCGUCCUGUGUGGCUAAAGUUGUAACAGAUGAUUGUACGAACGUUUUAAAUUAAUUAAUA